AUGCAGUAUAUAUUCCGUUAUGGGCGAGAUGAAGGCGUCACAGCCCAGCGAAGGGUCGAACGGAGCUCACGGGAAAUACGAUACAAAAUGAAACUAAUCAUCGUACUCGCUUUAUGUGUGGUGGCAGUGGCUUGGGCUAGGCCUGCCUCCACCUACACCGACAAGUGGGAUAACAUCAACGUAGACGAGAUCUUAGAGUCCCAGCGUCUACUAAAAGCGUACGUAGACUGCUUGCUCGACAGAGGACGUUGCACUCCUGAUGGGAAAGCCCUCAAAGAAACUCUCCCUGACGCCUUAGAACAUGAGUGUAGCAAAUGUACUGAAAAACAAAAGAAGAGCUCGGACAAGGUCAUCAGGCACUUGGUGAACAAACGCCCAGACUUGUGGCAGGAGUUAUCAGGAAAGUAUGACCCUGAAAAUAUCUACCAGGAGAGGUACAAAACCCAGCUUGACGCAGUAAAGCGACAUUAAGACGGUGAUGAUGAAAUAUGGAGAGAGUUCACCUAACAGGUGAAUGGGUGGUGGAAAUGUAAAUUGUGUUCAGGAACGCAGUUACCAAAGUUAUAUUCUAUUGGAGUUUAUUGAAAAUAAAUUAUUUUUUAUUAU